AUGUCAGUGAUGGACAAACUGAUGACAGUGAUGUACCAACUGAUGUCAGUGAUGUACCAACUGAUGUCAGUGAUGUAUCAAGUGAUUGAUGUACCAACUGAUGUCAGUGAUGUACCAACUGAUGUCAGUGAUGUAUCAAGUGAUGUCAGUGAUGUACCAACUGAUAUCAGUGAUGUACUGACUGAUUUUAGUGAUGUACCAACUGAUGUCAGUGAUGUACCAACUGAUGUAAGUGACGUACCAACUGAUGUCAGUGAUGGACCGACUGAUGUCAGUGAUGUACCAACAGAUGUCAGUGAUUUACCAACUGAUAUCAGUGAUGUACCAACAGAUGUCACUGGUGUACCGACUGAUGUCAGUGAUGUAACAACUGAUGUCAGUGAUGUACCAACUGAUGUUAGUGAUGUACCAACCGAUGUCAGUGAUGUACCAACUGAUGCCAGUGAUGUACCAACUGAUGUCAGUGACGUACCAACUGAUGUCAGAGAUGUAACACUCGAUGUCAGUGAUGUACCAACUGAUGUCAGUGAUGUAUCAACUUAUGUCAGUGGUGUACCAACUGAUGUCAGUGAUGUAUCAACUGAUGUCAGUGAUGUACCAACUGAUGUCAGUGAUGUACCGACUGAUAUCAGUGAUGUACCAACUGAUGUCAGUGAUGUACCGACUGAUAUCAGUGAUGUACCAACUGAUGUCAGUGAUGUCCCAACUGAUAUCAGUGAUGUACCAACUGAUGUCUGUGAUGUACCGACUGAUGUCAGUGAUGUACCAACUGAUGUCAGUGAUGUACUAACUGAUGUCAGUGAUGUAUCAACCGAUGUCAGUGAUGUACCAACUGAUGUCUGUGAUGUACCGACUGAUGUCAGUGAUGUAUCAACUGAUGUCAGUGAUGUACCGACUGAUAUCAGUGAUGUACCAACUGAUGUCAGUGAUGUACCGAAUGAUGUCAGUGAUGUACCAACUGAUGUCAGUGAUGUACUAACUGAUGUCAGUGAUGUAUCAACUGAUGUCAGGGAUGUACAGAAUGAUGUCAGUGGUGUUUCAAGAAAGAAAAGCCUUUCAUAA